AGUACUGCAACAGGCGUGGAACAUGUGCUCGUUUUAUUAUUAAAUAAAGUGAUUUAUUUUGUGUUUAAAAUACUUCUAGAGAUUAUUUAUUUGUUGGCUGAGGGCUUACACGAUCAUAAUGGCAAAAUUUUGUUUAAAAAAACCUAGUAAAAGGAUUGAAGCUCGCAAGCGAUACAAGAUCGAGAAAAAAGUCCGUGAACACAAUCGCAAGGCCAGAAAAGAAGCGAAAAAACACCCGAAGAAAAAGCAGAAGGUAAUGCAAAUACCAAACCAAUGUCCCUUCAAGGAAGAUAUAAUAAAAGAAGUGGAAGCACUGAAGCAGCAACGUGAGGAAGAAAAGCAAAAACAGCGUGAAUUAGCGAGAGAGCAAAAACGCGAAAAGCUUGCAAAUGGUGGUUUGAAAGGAUUAGUUUCCGAUGCAUCGAAUAAACAAUCACAACAUGAAACAUUAAUGUUAGCAUCAACCAGUAAAGACUCGAGAGGUCUUAUAAUGAAAGAAGAAAAUUCCCUGAAAGCAUACUACAAAGAAUUUAAAAAAGUUUUGGAUUCUGCUGAUGUAAUUUUGGAAGUCGUCGAUGCUCGAGAUCCAUUGGGAACCAGAUGCAAACAAGUCGAAGAAGCAGUUCGUGCAGCAAAAGGAAACAAAAGACUGGUAAUAGUUCUAAAUAAAGCGGAUUUGGUACCCAGGGAAAAUUUGGACCAAUGGUUGAAAUAUUUGAGAGCAAGUUUGCCUGCAGUGGCUUUCAAAUCUUCGACCCAAGACCAAGCCAACAGACUAGGAAGACGGAAGUUGGGAAAGAAGAAAGAGGAUUUAAUUCAAGGAGGAACUUGUUUUGGAGCGGAAUUGCUACUUUCUUUGCUCGGAAAUUACUGCAGAAAUAGUGGAACAGUAAAAACUAGUAUUCGAGUUGGAGUUGUUGGUCUUCCUAAUGUCGGAAAAUCGAGUGUGAUCAAUUCUCUGAAGAGGAGCAAGGCUUGCAGUGUAGGAAAUACACCAGGAGUAACGAAGUCGAUGCAAGCGGUUCAGCUGGACUCGAAAAUCAAGUUGUUGGAUUCACCAGGAAUCGUUUUUAGUUCAGCUUCAAAGGACGGAGAUCAGUCUUCGGUUGCAUUGAAGAAUGCUGUGAAAAUCGAGUCACUUAAAGAUCCUUUCACUCCAGCGGCACUUAUUUUGAAACGGAUUUCAACCCAACAGAUUAUGGAAUUGUACGACACUCACGAAUUUUCAACUCCUGAAGAAUUCUUCGCGAAAAAGGCGGCCAGGAUGGGCAAGUUUAAGAAAGGCGGAGUUCCGGAUGUUUUAGCGGCUGCGCGAAGUGUUUUAACCGAUUGGAAUUCUGGAAAGAUAAGAUAUUAUACAGUUCCACCUGAAGAACCAGCUUGUCAAUUAUCGGCGGAAAUCGUGACUCAAAUGGCGAAGGAAUUCGACAUAAAUAAUUUGGCAGAAGAGGAAAAAAUGAUGCUGGAUGGAGUUGAGGCCGAAGCUUUUGCGGACAAUCCUGCGCCUCUUGAACCAUUAAUUGUUGAUAGUUCUGGUCCCGUGGAGGCAGCAAUGGAGGUCGAAUUUAAAAAACAAGCGCAAGUGAAAGUGCAGCAAAAGAAAGAGAAGAAGAGUGAGAAACCGAUUCCGAAGAAGACGCCUGUCGAGAGGAAGAAGAAGACCGAUCCACUUUUCGAAAUUGAAGGAAAUCAGAAACUGAAUAAGGUGAAGCAGUUGCAGUUUAAGAAGGAAAAGAAGGCAAGGGCGAGGAAAGAAAAAGAAGCGGCCGAGUUAUCUCAACACCUGGAUGAAGUUACGGUCUCAGCGAAUGAUGAUAAUGAUUAUGAUUUUGAAACCGAUUUUGCUUCUCAAUAAAGUGCCAGUGAUAAGUAC